AUGACAUCCAUCAUGGUACUUCCUCUACCUCGCGUUGACGAGAAAGGAUUGCUUUCAUCUUCUGGUUCUUUACCAGACUGGAGUGAUGCAAAACGAAAAACACCUCACUAUGUUGAAGUACUUCUUGCUGUCGAUGCUGGUGUGGCUCGACACUAUGGCCAUCAACGCGAACGAAUUCGAGCUGCUAUGCUAACAUUGAUGCAUGCAGUAAAUUUGUAUGCUUUUCAACUCGACAUCCGGUUAGCUAUAGUAGAUGUUCUUCCAGUACGCGGUUACAACGUCACUCUCGAGCAGUUCCUUGAUUGGCGUCUUACCACAGAAGAUCUUGUCCCUCACGAUGUAGCCAUUCUUAUCCGACAUCGUUACGAAGGAGGAAUUGCCUAUGUUAAUGGAGUGUGCAAACGAACUGCUGUAGGUAUUGCUGGUCUGCUUAAUCGUCGUAACUACUGUCCUUCCCUUCAGUUUUUCCCUGAGGCUCCAUACGAGUACGCUUCUGUAUUCUUCCAUGAGCUUUCACACUUCGGAUUUGAUCGUGAAUGUAGCGCCCAAGCAUUGAUCGACCUAUUACCAUCAAUUGAAUGCUUGGGAGAACCACGUCGUCUCCCUCGCACCAUACUACCUCUCUGUGGAAACGGUAUCGUCGAAGAGGAUGAGGAUUGUGAUUGUGGACCAGCAAGGCGCGUUUUUACAAUCCCUAUGAAAGAACUUUUACCUUUGGUGAUUCUUCGUUGA